AUGCAGCGAAGCAUCAUGUCGUUUUUCCACCCCAAGAAAGAGGGCAAAGCAAAGAAGCCAGAGGAGACGCCCAGCAGCGCCAGAGAGACCGAGCCCCCUCCAAAGGUGGCGCUGAAGGAGCGGAACAGAGUGGUGCCUGAGAGCGACUCUCCGGUGAAGAGGUCGGGCAGGAAGACGGCCCGGGUCCUGUGUAGCGAAGGGGAGGAGGAGGAGGACGAUGAAGCCAUCACGUCCCCCAAAGGCCAGAAGCCUGCCCCCAGCUCUCCACAAGUCUCCCCUCCCGGUCCUGUCACGUCCCCUGCGAGCAGCCCUUCCCUCUCCAGCACCUCUCCAGCAGCGACCAUCUCCCCGUCAGGGAUCCCGAAGCGGCUCACAGCUCGAAAGCAGUUUUCUAAACGGAAGAUUCAGGGUGUCCUAGAAGAGCACAGCACGGACCAGGGCCAAGAAGCCAAGAGGAAGAAGGUGGAGGAAGAAGCAGAGACCCCAACAGAAAACCUCCCAGAGGCAGAAGGGGCCAAAGAGAAGAAAGCAGAAGAGGGGGACCUGCCCAUGAUGCCCCCCGAGCCCCAAAACGCCUGCAAAGCUGAGCCGCCGACAGAAAGCGGUUCCGAGCCCAUGGUGGUGGUGAAGCAGGAGCCCCAGGAUGAGGAGCAGGCCAAGCCGCCCCCCAGAGCUCCCAGGAUGCUCAGCAGUUUCUUCACCCCCCGGAAGCCGGCAAUCAAAAAGGAAGUGAAAGAAGAGGGGCCUGGCACCCCAAGAAAGGAGGCGUCCAAGGGCCCCCUGGACCCAUCCAGCUACAACCCUGCCAAGAAAAACUACCAUCCCGUCCAGGACGCGUGCUGGAUGCAGGGCCAGAAGGUCCCUUACCUGGCGGUGGCCCGGACGUUUGAGAAGAUCGAGGAGGUUUCUGCUCGGCUCCGGAUGGUGGAGACGCUGAGCAACUUGCUUCGCUCCGUGGUGGCCCUGUCGCCCCCAGACCUCCUCCCCAUCCUCUACCUCAGCCUCAACUGCCUCGGGCCCCCCCAGCAGGGCCUGGAGCUCGGCGUCGGGGAUGGUGUCCUUCUCAAGGCGGUGGCCCAGGCCACAGGUCGGCAGCUCGAGUUGGUGCGGGCCGAGGCAGCCGAGACGGGCGACGUGGGGCUGGUGGCCGAGAACAGCCGCAGCACCCAGAGACUCAUGCUGCCCCCACCCGCCCUCACCGCCUCUGGGGUCCUCGCCAAAUUCCGAGACAUCGCCCGGCUCACUGGCAACGCUUCCACAGCCAGGAAGAUGGACAUCAUUAAAGGCCUGUUUGUGGCCUGCCGCCAUUCAGAAGCCCGAUUCAUCACCAGAGCCCUGAGUGGACGGCUGCGCCUCGGGCUGGCAGAGCAGUCGGUGCUGGCCGCCCUCGCCCAGGCCGUGAGCCUCACGCCUCCAGGCCAAGAAUUCCCCCCGGCCGUGGUGGAUGCUGGGAAGGGCAAGACAGCAGAGGCCAGAAAGACGUGGCUGGAGGAGCAAGGCAUGAUCCUGAAGCAGACGUUCUGCCAGGUGCCUGACCUGGACCGGAUCGUCCCGGUGCUGCUGGAACAUGGCCUGGAGGGGCUCCCGGAGCACUGCAAGCUGAGUCCAGGGGUCCCCCUGAAACCAAUGUUGGCCCACCCCACCCGGGGCGUCAGCGAGGUCCUGAAGCGCUUCGAUGAGGCAGCUUUCACCUGCGAGUACAAAUACGACGGGCAGAGGGCCCAGGGCGGGGAGGUGAAGAUCUUCAGCAGGAAUCAGGAAGACAAUACCGGAAAGUACCCGGACAUCAUCAGCCGCAUCCCCAAGAUUAAACUCCCGUCAGUCACAUCUUUCAUCCUGGACACAGAAGCCGUGGCUUGGGACCGGGAGAAGAAGCAGAUACAGCCGUUCCAAGUGCUCACCACCCGCAAACGCAAGGAGGUGGAUGCAGCGGAGAUCCAGGUGCAGGUGUGUUUGUACGCCUUCGACCUCAUCUACCUCAACGGAGAGGUUCAGUGGUGGGACAUGGGCGUGGAGCGCCGGGGCUGGCACAUGGAAGCUUUGAUACAAUUAGCUGCCCUCACCAUCUUCCUCCAGAUAAUCCUUGACGAUCUGUCCCUGGUCCGUGAGCCCCUUUCCCGACGCCGGCAGCUGCUCCGGGAGAACUUCGUGGAGACGGAGGGCGAGUUUGUCUUCGCCACCUCCCUGGACACCAAGGACAUGGACCAGAUCGCGGAGUUCUUGGAGCAGUCGGUGAAAGACUCCUGCGAGGGGCUGAUGGUGAAAACCCUGGACAUCGAUGCCACCUACGAGAUCGCCAAGAGAUCACACAACUGGCUCAAGCUGAAGAAGGACUACCUGGACGGCGUGGGGGACACCCUGGAUCUCGUGGUGAUCGGCGCCUACCUGGGCCGGGGGAAGCGGGCCGGCCGCUACGGGGGCUUCCUGCUGGCCGCCUACGACCAGGAGAGCGAGGAGCUGCAGCUGGGAACCGGCUUCAGCGACGAGGAGCUGGAGGAGUAUCACCAGACCCUGCAGGCCCGGGUGCUGCCCACCCCUCGCUCCUAUGUCCGGGCAGACGGCGCCGUGGCCCCGGACCACUGGCUGGAGCCCAGCAUCGUGUGGGAGGUCAGGUGCGCGGACCUCUCCCUCUCGCCCAUCUACCCCGCUGCCCGCGGCCUGGUGGACAGUGAGAAGGGGAUCUCCCUUCGCUUCCCUCGGUUUGUUCGCGUCCGUGAAGACAAGACGCCGGAGGAGGCCACCACCAGUGCCCAGGUGGCCUGGCUGUACAAGAGGCAGAGUCAGAUUCAGAACCAGGAGGACACAGACCAAGACUCGGACCCGGACCUGGAGUGUUUCUACUAG